AUGAAGAUCGAAGAAGUGAAAAGUACCACAAAGACCCAGCGCAUCGCCUCGCACAGUCACGUUAAGGGACUAGGUCUAGAUGAGGCCGGGAACGCCAAGCAAUCUGCGUCCGGUUUAGUGGGACAGGAGACUGCAAGAGAGGCAUGUGGCAUCAUUGUGGAACUGAUCCGUUCAAAGAAGAUGGCAGGGAGAGCAGUCUUAUUGGCUGGACCUCCAGGAACAGGGAAGACGGCACUAGCGCUGGCUAUGGCCCAGGAGCUUGGAAACAAGGUGCCAUUCUGCCCCAUGGUGGGCAGUGAGGUGUACUCCACAGAGAUUAAGAAGACGGAGGUGCUGAUGGAGAAUUUCCGCAGGGCUAUCGGGCUGCGUAUCAAGGAGACGAAGGAGGUGUACGAGGGCGAGGUGACGGAGCUGACGCCGUGCGAGACGGAGAACCCCAUGGGCGGCUACGGCAAGACCAUCAGCCACGUCAUCAUCGGCCUCAAGACCGGCAAGGGCACCAAGCAGCUGAAGCUGGACCCCAGCAUCUAUGAGAGUCUGCAGAAGGAGCGUGUGGAGGUGGGCGAUGUCAUCUACAUUGAGGCCAACAGUGGAGCAGUCAAGAGACAAGGCCGCUGUGACACCUUUGCCACAGAAUUUGACCUGGAGGCUGAGGAGUACGUCCCGCUGCCCAAGGGGGACGUUCACAAAAAGAAGGAGAUCGUCCAGGACGUCACGCUACACGACCUGGACGUGGCCAACGCUCGACCCCAGGGGGGUCAGGACAUCCUGUCUAUGAUGGGGCAGCUAAUGAAGCCCAAGAAGACCGAGAUCACAGACAAACUGCGCACAGAGAUCAACAAAGUAGUGAACCGCUACAUCGACCAGGGUGUGGCCGAGCUGGUGCCAGGCGUGCUGUUUGUGGAUGAGGUGCACAUGUUGGACAUUGAGUGUUUCACCUACCUGCACAGAGCCCUGGAGAGCUCCAUCUCCCCCAUUGUGGUGUUCGCAUCCAACCGCGGAAACUGCCUCGUCAGAGGGACAGAGGACAUCUCCUCCCCCCACGGGAUCCCCCUGGACCUGCUGGACAGAGUGAUGAUAAUCCGCACCAUGCUCUACACACCCCAGGAGAUGAAGCAGAUCAUUAAGAUCAGGGCGCAGACAGAGGGGAUCAGUAUCAGUGAAGAGGCUCUUAAUCACCUGGGAGAGAUCGGCACUAAGACCACACUGAGGUACGCAGUCCAGCUGCUGACCCCCGCCAGCCUGCUAGGGAGGGUGCAGGGGAAGGACGGGGUGGAGCGGGAGCAGGUGGAGGAGAUCAACGAGCUCUUCUACGACGCCAAGUCCUCCGCCAAGAUCCUGCAGGACCAGCACGACAAGUUCAUGAAGUAACAGGACUCCCUGGCCCACUUCCUUUUUCUCUUCAUCCCUCCAUCCCCUGCCCACCCUUACGUUUGAUUAUCCCUUUUCCCCAUCGGCACCAGUAACCAAUUCUGUUAAAUUAAUUUUGUACAAGGACAAAAAUAAAAGGUAAAAAGCA